ACACCAAACCUAGAUUAGACUAAGUCCAGUUCCAACACGCCAAUAACUGAAACCAAAAUCAAAAUCAGACCUCACGUGAACCUUAACCAUAACCAAGACCCAAACCAAACCAAACCAAACCAGCUUGGCUGACUUUCUCUCUCUCCUCCUAAUGGCCUCCGAGCAACACGACACCGUUUUCCCCGAAGAAGACCAAGAGCUCGAUGAGGACGAGGAAGAUUCCGACGAAGAUGAGCUCGAGGAAAACGACGACGCUUUAGUCGACGAAGAAGAUGACGAGGAAGUCCUCAAUUCCGCCCCCGUUGUCUCUUCUGUUACUCCUUCUUCUGUCUCUGUUGCCUUCCCCUCCGCUUCUGCUAUCGCCGUCCCUUCUGCCUCUGCGGUCACCGUUGCUCUCCCUCCCGGCGAUCCCGAUCCCAAACGCCAGCGUCUUGCUGAAAACGUGGUGGUUCUUGAUGAGAAGAAACCCGUGUUGUCGUUGCCUUCGCCGGUGCCUUUGCCGUUGCCGCAGCAGCUGGAUGAAUCUAGACGUCUGUUUCAACGGCUCUGGACGGACGAGGACGAGAUCGAGUUGUUGCAAGGGUUUCUGGAUUAUACUUCACAACGUGGCAGCGCGCAUCACCAUGAUACGGCUUUAUUUUACGAUCAGAUUAAGUCGAAGCUCCAGCUGGACUUUAACAAGAAUCAAUUGGUCGAGAAGCUGAGAAGAUUGAAGAAGAAGUAUAGAAAUGUUAUGAGCAAGAUCAGCUCAGGUAAGGAUUUUGCUUUCAAAACGGCUCAUGAUCAAGCUACGUUUGAAAUUUCUCGCAAGAUCUGGAGCACCACUAAUGUUAGUGUUUUAGACGAUGAAGAUGCGAAUGCCAACCAUAAUAAUCAUAUUAAUUCCAGUAAUGAAUUUAAGGGAAAUAGUACUGUUUUUGUUAGUAGUAAUAAUAAUGAGGAGAAGAAUACGCCCAAAUCUAGAAAGCGGUCAAGGGCGAAGCCUGCAGCUAAUGAAAAUGUUGUUGUGAUGAAUAAUAAUGAGAAUGUUAAUGUGAAUGGUGCUUUCAGUGGAGGUAAUAAUAAUGGGAUUGCCGCGGUGGUGGAGGAGACAGUUAGGAGUUGCUUGUCGCCUUUGUUUAAGGAGUUGUUAUGUAAUGUGAUGGGAGGAAUGGGGGGAAGAGGGAUUGGGGGGUUGCCUAUGAAUGCUGUGAUGCCCUUGGGGUUUGGUGGGAGUGUAGGAGCUGAAGUGGUGGAUGAGAAGUGGAGGAAGCAACAGAUUUUGGAAUUGGAGGUGUAUUCUAAGCGGUUGGAGUUGGUGCAGGAUCAAAUUAAGAUGGCGUUGGAGGAGUUGCGGUCAACUGGAGGCUGAGAAGGUGCUUUCAGGUUCUUGGAUUUGUUUCCUGAAAUAUUUGUUGAUCACUUGUUUUGAUCAACGGUAGUUGAUAAUAGUGUAGGGGGUAGCUGUAUUUUGAGUUUAAUAAUUAUUUUGGCUUUUCUUUUCGUCUUUUCUUUUUAAUUAACAGAUCUUGAAUAAUGAUUUACAUGGAUGUCUUUGUUGACUUCUUCAUGUUCCUUCCAUAGGUGUAAAUAAUGGUUUUAUUUAUACAUAGACUGGAGCUACUAUCUUUGAUAAAGAUGUAGCCAUUAUAUAAUACAUAUGUUCACUUAUUUCA